UUGUGCUUAUGCUUGUGCUUAGUCGAUGCUUAUGUCGCUUCAUUGCAUUUCUUUGUUUUGCCUAUUGUCUUUCCUUACGCUUAUUUCACUCGUGUGAACCAGGCUUCAGAGGCUCACAAACCAAAAGGCUUGCCGUUAAAAAUGAAGAAAACAAAUGGCUUUUACGACGGCGUUUAUCCUUUUGUCUUCAGCUAACCCACUUACCCACCAGUCCUAAAAAAGCAGUACUUAGUAUGCAACAGUCAAUGAGGAACAACCUAAACUUGCUGGAACGUAUUCUGGCCAGUAUUACUCAUAUAUGGGCCCAAUAACAUGCAAUUCAGAGCAAGCGCAGAUUUAACAACUCAAGGUAUAAUCGUACACGGUACAUCGUUUGUGAGCAAGUCUAUGAAGAAUGAAACUGCUUGCUCAACUUUGCAUCUGCGUCAUUACUUUGUGGUUAUUUCCAUUACCACUGACAAAGGCAACAAAAGUCAAGGGAAAGUGUGAACUGGUGGUAAACUGCACUAAGAAAGCAGAAAAUGCAAGUGAAAGUUGCUAUGAAUUCAUGAAUCAUCUUGAUAAAAACUGCGGAGGAGGAGCCAGUUAUUGUGAUAAGUAUAAAGCUGAUCUUAUCAAAGCAUGCACAGAAGGUUUCUGUAAGGAAUGUCUAGAAAACGCAAACAGGGCUUAUAAAGAUUGCAUUAAGUUUUACAAUAAAAUUGCUUCUUCGGACCAAGAUCUAAAACACUGCAAGAGUGUGAAAAAAGUCUUAUUUCAAAAAUGCCCUGAUGUUUGCAAAGGUGCUAAAGGUCAAACGAAAGACAACCCAGGAAUAAGUUGCAGAGAUAUUUUAGACUCUAGCGCGUACGAUCUUAAGAGUGGCUUGUAUUGGGUCAGGCCGGAUGGCGAUGCCUCCGCCGUCCAAUCAUAUUGCGAUAUGAAGUACCAGGGCGGUGGUUGGACCUUGGCGAGCUAUGGGUACGUCGCUGGUAACGGUUUCAACGAUGGAAAUAAAAAUAUUCCAAACAUGAACCAUCCUAACGGCUAUACCUGGCAUCCAAACCAACGCAGUAAUGAUAAAGGCGUUAUAGCACUUCAACACGGUGCGGUAAACUUGGCUCGAGGUGCGAAGUUUAUGAUAAUGGCAGCUGGGAACAAUCCUGCUUCGGGUGGUAUCAACGAAUACAGUUAUGUGUUUUUUAUUGAUAUUAGUCACAAUCCAUACAAUAUCACGUUCGCAAACCACAACCGUCGCCAUGGAGCUGUUGGAACUUCCACCAUUCCCAAGAUGCAUGUGGUUGAGUUUACAGUAAAGGCAUUGAAAGGUGAGACUGGAAGUGCGAAAAGAUAUGCGCUGGCUGAAGCUUUGGGUAUUACCUGGAGUGAUACAUACCCAACCGGUUACGGAUUCUCGCCGGUAAAUGCUCAUUUUGGCACUUGGAACAAAGGCCCAUUCUUUCCCAGCGUUCAUUCCGGUGACAGACAAGCUGGAGGAUGUCGCACACAAGCGGCAAAACCUUACGCACCAGAUGUGGAGAAAGGAUGUCUCAACUACGCUCAUCUUGGAUGGCAUUCCUUGCAUGCAACCCAGAAGUCAGGACAAACAUCAAUAUGGUUCAAAUGAUGGCUCAUUCUCUCAUUGAUGAAUUUUAAACAAAACUCGCUAAAACAUUUUUUAUAGAACGCUGUCGUAGUUGUUGUAUCCUUAUACUGAUAAAUAAAAUAUUGUAUGGCUCUAAAAUUCAUUCUUAUUUCUUAGGAACAGCAUAUUGAACAACAUUAAUCGGUAUUCUAUGGUCGGUAAUGGACUUACUUAUUUACUUACUUCGUGCAUGAAAAAUAUAGACUUUUAAAAUAUAUUAUAUAGCUCGUCUUUUACUUUCAACCGGAUGUACUUCACAAUACUAUACACUCUUGAAAUGAACAGAGUAUAGUAUAGCCAUAAUUCAUAGGAAUUGAUAGUAUCAUAGAUAUAGGGAUCUCAUUUCUCUCGUUGGUUUUAAAUAUUCUCUUAUUAUUAUUAUUUAUUUCAAAACUUCAUGUACAUGAAUAACAACGACACAUACAUAGGCAGGUGACAACAGGGCUAUAACACCCUAGCUAAGGCCACCCACCUCUAUUUAAAAACGAAAACAGACAGAAGGACAGACGGACGGACAGAAAGACAAACGGACGGACAUGAUCUAUAAUACUAAUCAUGAUCUAACAACAAGAUGAGUCAAGUGACGGUUGGAAGAAGUUUCUGAUGGUGUUGCAACGUAGACAUAUCGAUCGCCAGGUUGAAUUGAUGUCAAUGUCGUAGAUAUUUCGAAGAGCGGAGGUAUAUGUAGUUUUAAGGAUUGCUUUAAAAGUGUUAUAUACAGGAAUUUCUUUUAGAGGUGUAGGUAAAGUGUUCCAGAGUCUUGAAGUGCGAACAAAGUAGCUAGUUUGAAAGCAUUUAGUCCGAGAUUUUGGAACUUGCAGAUUUAAAGAGCAUGAGUUUCUGAGGCUGUUAGGUGGUAGUGUUGGCAGAUAGUUUGGUAAAUCAAUGUCAUAUUUUCCAUAAACACAUCCAUGUAGAAAUAGUAAGUCCUUGAUUUCAUGCCAGUAGGAGAGAGGAAGCAGAUUUGUCCGGGUUAAACGUUCU